AUGACUUCGUCAACGAUUUCAAAACAAAAUUCAGUGGAAAGUGAUCCAAAUUCAAUCAGUAGAGUUCAAACAAUUGGUGAAUCAGGAGAAUACGUCAUAUUGGGUGAUAAAAAAUUUUAUAAACAUGAAUUAGCUUCUGUACUCAGUCUUGUUGAUCAAAGUAAAAUAUCAAAUAAUGAAUUUGGUGAUAGUGUUCCGCUUGGAUUAGGUGCUUUCGCUAUAUCUACUUUAGUAUUAUCAUUGUAUUUCUUACAAGUUAAAGGAAUUAAAACUUCAAAUGUUGUAAUGGGAUUAUCAGUAUUUCUGGGAGGUGUUGUUCAAUUUUUAUCAGGAGUUUGGUGUUUCUUUGCUGGUGAUACCUUUGUUUUCACUGUUCUUAUUUCAUUUGCUACCUUUUGGUUUUCAUUUGCAGCAAUUAAUAUUCCAAGUUUUGGUAUAUUGGCAGCAUAUGCUGAUGAACCAGAACAAUUGGCCAAUGCUAUGGGAUUUUAUUUAGUUGGAUGGGCUAUUUUAUCAUUUAUUUUUACUUUGGCUACAUUAAAAUCAACUGUUUUCUUUUGUGGUUUGUUUAUAGAUUUAGACUUGUUAUUUUCGAUUUUGGCAGCUGCUCAAUUUAAAGGGCUGGAAAUUUUAACUAAAAUUGGAGGUGGUGUUGGUGUCGUUGCUGUGUUUAUUGCCCUUUAUAAUGCUUAUGCAUUGAUGGCUACAAAAGAAAAUUCAUACUUCAGAGUCAACGUUUUGCCAUUUUCAAUGUUCAAAAGGAAGUAA